AUGGCUCGAUCUUUCAUAUCAUCAUUAUCAAAAUUUAGCAAUAUUGUAAGAGUUCAACAAUAUUCAUUUUCGUUAACAUUUCCUCGGUAUGAUUCAAGUGUUUUGUCCAACACUAAUGAUACUAAAAAAUAUGAUGCUAAAACGAAAUUUUUAGUAUUAUUAAUUACAAUGAGAGACAGUAUGUUAUUACUAAAAGAUACCAACAAAGUAAAAAAUUAUUUCAAUCAAUUAAUUCAUUCAUUACAAUAUGUUCCAUCACAAAAUUUCGAAUCGAAAAAAAUUAUCGAUUUCUUACAUCUCAAUGAAAAUAUGAAUGCAAAUAUUGUUCUUGAAAAUUUACAUAAUAUUAUUGAUGACGUUCCAAUGAAAAAAGAUGAUAAACUGAAACUUCAUACGAUCGUUAAUAAUUUAAAAUUAUUAUUUUCACAUUGGGAAGAUACAAUUAUUAAAUUAGAAUUAUCUGUUACACGUCUAGAAAAAUCACAUUUUGAAUUAACACCAUCAAAUAUUGAUUUAAAAUCAUCGGUUUCAGCGUUAGAAAAAUCAAAUCUCGAAUUAACAUCAUCGGAUAAUUCGCCAAUUGGCGAAAUUCGUGAGGAAGUUCGCCAAUGGCGAAUAUACAAUUGGCGAAAUUCACAAUUGGCGAAAUUACAGAGACUCACAUCAUCACAUGCUGAUUUAAAAUCAUCUGUUUCAAAUUUAAAAAAAUUAUAUUUCCAAUUAAUGUCAUACAAAUACAUGUCUUGUGUUAGUGAAUUAAUGCGAUCUACUGUUCGAUCGAUUAAAAAAGAAUUUAGAAAAAAAUUAAUAAUAGAAUAUAUAUCAGAAAAUUUUGAUACAACAACAUUUGAAAGUUUACUUGAUGAUCCUCAACACAAAGAAAUAAAAGAAUUUCUUAAUUUAGAUGAUAAUCAAAUUGAUUUAAUGUUAUCAAUAUUUGAUAAAAUAUGUUCAAAAUAUGGAUUUUCAAAUAAACAUCAAUCAGCUCAUUAUUUAUCGAUGGCAUCAAUACGAAAUGAACGAGAACAUGAUAUGAUGGAUGAUUAUAUUAAACGAACACCUCAUGCUAAACAUUCAUUUGAAAUGUAUUGUAAACAAAAUGAUAUUAUUGAAUAUUAUAAUGAAAAAGAUCAUGUUCUACUUCCCAGUGCUGCUUGUCAACAAUUAUGUUAUUAUUUAUAUGAAAUACCAAGGAAUGCAAUACCAGUUGAAUUAUGA